GGACACUGUGGCUCCUGCUGGGCCUUCAGUGCCACGGGGGCUCUGGAGGGGCUGCUCUUCAAAAAGACUGGCCAGCUGGUGCCCCUGAGCGAGCAGAACCUCAUGGACUGCUCCUGGAAGCUGGGCAACAAGGGCUGUCACGGGGGCUACGUCAGCCACGCCUUUGAGUACGUUCGGGACAACAGAGGCAUCAAUUCGGAGCAGGAUUAUCCUUACCGGGAGAAGGACGAGUUCAAAUGUCACUACAACCCAAAAACCCGGGUGGGCAACUGCACGUCCUUAGUGCGGAUUCAGUCACAGAACGAGGCGGCCCUGGAGCAAGCUGUGGCCACGAUGGGGCCAGUAUCCUUGGGUGUGGAUGCUAAGAGUUUCCAGUUCCAUUUCUAUAAGUCGGGUAUCUUUGCAAGCAGCUGGUGCACCCACAAUGUCAGCCACGCCAUGCUGGCCGUGGGCUACGGCACUGAGCAGGAGGGUAAGAAGACCACCGAUUACUGGAUCCUAAAGAACAGGUGA